AUGGUGGCCCCGACUGAGCGCCUCUCUGCUGAAGGCCAGCUCAUUUCUUGCAUAAAUGCGAUAGCGGCAGCUCCAGUGUACCUUAUGGCUCGAGUUCGCGGACGUGCUCCCAUCUCGGAAGCUCUGGCAACUUUGGCCGCUGUAAACCCCGAGGCUGCGAGAAGUCUACUCGAUGCUCUUCACUCCCAUCCUGUUGCCACUGUACCUGAUCCUAGCUUUCGCAUCUUCCCGGUCUUAGGUGCCAGUCCUAUUAGAGAGCCAACGGCCAGCGCCACUUCUUAUAACGACACUAUCCAGCCGGAAACCGUCGCGGUCCAGUCUGAAGAUGUCACCAUGCAAUCAGACAAAGAGGACACAGAGUCAGAACUAAAGUUUCCUGGUGCAGAUGAUCCGCUAUCGGACAUCGACUACUAA